AUGGUUUGCUGGGCUAGUUUCAACAAACCGAUUUUUUGCUGUUGGCUUCGAAAGGUGCCUUUACACAGCGCCAUGGCCUCGAUGGACUUGUCAGGGGCCCUUUGUGCGGAUUCAACCAGGAGGGCUGCGUCAACUUUGGAAAAAGCUGCCGCGCAGCUAUCAGUAGCCCUGCCCGAACUUGGCUGGAGUGUUUGUGAACCACUGUUCAUGCCAUUGCUUUUGGAGCUGGAGGUGCCCAAGUCAUUAAUCGCCAUUUGCUGGGUCAUCAGCCCAUCAGUUGGUUUUUUUCUUCAGCCGUGCGUUGGAGGAUUGAGCGACAAAUAUGGCAGGAGACCGUUCAUCCUUGUUUUCAGCACAACUGCCGUCCUGGGUCUUGUGGCUACUCCAUUGAUAGCGCUGCUUCCUGUCAAGGCGCUUGCAAGGCCGCUUGCAAUACUGGCAUUUGGUAUGGCAGAUGUGAGCCAUGAUAUGUUGGUGACACCAACUCGCGCCCAAAUGAACGACAUGUUUCCACCCGACGUAGCGGAGUCGCGCAGUGCGACAGUGGCUGGUGUUGCGAAGAUAGUGGCGAUUCUUUGUGCAGUGCUGCUCUCCAGAACCGCGGCCUUUCUUGUUGUGGCGACGAUUGCAGCAGGCGUGACGCUGACACAACUUGCAGCCAGGCCGAAGCAAAGAGACAUCAGAGACUCGCAUCUUCUGGACCCACUUCCCGAAGCUGAAGGAAACAGUUGCACAACUGGUUUGAGACACAUGUGGCAAAUCACCAACCAACACCCUGGCUUCUGGGAAAUGUGGAUGUUACAAUUUGCAGGGUGGCUCUCAGUGUGCACCUGGAGUUUUUACUUCUCAAGCGUAUGGGCGGACAUUGAGGGCACAAGACCUGGGACAUCAGCUUUUGAUGCUGCGGUGCAUCAAGCUACACAGUGGUUAUUGUACGGAUCUGUCGUUUUCCUGGCCUCCGGUACAAUUCUGCCAUAUCUCUCGGGCCCGGCGAGCAUAUGUAGAGGUGAGUGGACAGGGAUGUUUGUAGCGGUUGGGGUGAUGACAGUAACACUCAUGGUUCUUUGCCUGGCUAAAACGGCCACCUGGCUGAAAUGGAUGGCGGUCGUAUGGGUUGUUGUGGCUAUGCCUAUUGCUUAUCAAGUCCUUGCCAAUGCGCCGUUUGCGUGGUUGGAGAGGCAACCCGCCUUUGAUGCAGAGACACGUGGUUUGUUGACGGGAAUUUUCAACGCAUCUCUCGCAACAUCCCAAGCGACAACUGCACUCCUAAGUGGCCCAAUUGUUGCAAGCUUCAAUGGAAAGCUGUGGACUGCGCUGGCUGCAGCUGCUGUGGUUGACGCGGUGGUCCUAACAGGAGUUGCCUUAAGUUCCUUCUCGACUUGGCUUUGUAGACGGCCGCCUGUUGAGCCUCCGGGUAGCUGA